AUGGAUGAUGAUGAUGAUGAUGAUGAUGAUGAUGAUGAUGAUGAUGAUGAUAACGACGUGCAAAACAAGAAGAAGGUUACUGAACACCGGCCCUGCGUUGCCAUGCAAUCAAGGUGUGGGGAAGCAAUCCGAUUAGCCGUGGCAGCGAUUUCACAAGUACUAAUUACGAUUGAAGAGGAGGGAGAAACAAGCAAAGUUAUGCAACCACCGGUGGCCAGUCGCUCAGCUUUCGAAGAAAAAAUGGAAAUUCAUUUUCCACCCCGAUAA